AGAAAUAAUGUCAUUUUCCAAAAGUAUUCAGUGUUAAAAGUUAAGAAGUUUUCUUUUCUUAAUUUUGUAGACUUUUCAAGUAUCUCUUUUAUAAGGGUUUUUCAUUUGGUGUCUUGGUUAGCGAAAUAUGUUUUCGAAUCUGCCGCGCGGUUCGUAUAUGGAUGAGCACAUCUCCAAGGACUAUGGCAAGGAGGUGCUGCUAUCCAACUGGCAAGAACGACGCCAGGGCAGCGAAGAACAGAACGAUUGCAUUGUACCAGGGCUGCAACGCGUUAAUGCAUGCGAACAGCAUCUAAGCGAAGUGCGCGACAACUUCGCGGAACCCUGGAGUGUGGAGGAGGAGGGUUAUGCGACGCGUUAUUAUCUCGGGGCACGCAACGAGGCGCUGCACAAUUUCAAGCGCAAUCGUGAGGUGCAACUGCGUUUCCCCCUCGCCGCCGACAUGCUCGAGAAUUGCACGACAACCUACAAGAUCAUGUACGAUAUUCUGCCGCGCAAGGAAUUGGAGAAAAGCAAAAACGAAGCUUCCGUUUCCGUUGGCAGUGUGCCCAGUAAACCGCAGGAUUUGGAUUUGAUGUUGAGCUACGGCAAUCGCAGCACAACGGGCAGACGAUGUCAACUGCGAGCAGAGUCGCGUUUGUUGCAAAGGCAAAGAAUGCAGACAACCUAUGCGGCUCAUUACGAUGCGGCAACCGCAUUAAUAUAAUGUGUAUGUAAAACGAACUUCAAAAUUAACGAGUAAAAUUAGCUAUGGCUAUAUGUGAUAGAUGUA